AGCAAAAACCAGGGCCAGCCUUUAAAAUAAUCUCUGUUUUGAAAGCUCCCUGCCUUUCUGUCACAAUAUUAACCUUCAAAGGAACCCACCUGACUGACCUUCUCCCAGGCUUGGCUUCUGGACUCUGAUUUUCUUGGCCAUGGCUACUUCUGACAUCCAGGUGAAGGAGCUGGAGAAGCGAGCCUCCGGGCAGGCCUUUGAGCUGAUCCUCAGCCCCCGCUCCAAAGAGGCCGUGGCAGAGUUCCCUCUGUCCCCCCCCAAGAAGAAGGAUGUGUCCCUGGAGGAGAUCCAGAAGAAGUUGGAAGCAGCUGAGGAGAGACGCAAGUCCCACGAGGCAGAAGUGCUGAAGCAGCUGGCCGAGAAGAGGGAGCACGAGAAGGAGGUGCUGCAGAAAGCCAUCGAGGAGAACAACAACUUCAGCAAAAUGGCAGAGGAGAAGCUGACCCACAAAAUGGAAGCCAACAAAGAGAACCGUGAGGCACAAAUGGCUGCCAAGCUGGAGCGCUUGCGGGAGAAGGACAAGCACGUGGAAGAGGUCCGAAAGAACAAAGAAGGCAAAGACCCCGGCGAGGCCGAGACCGACUGACUGCGCUCUGGCGACUGACUCUCCCCCUCCUCCAAAUAUCCAAAGACUGUACUGGCCAGUGGUUUUAUCUUUGGUUUUGGUUCGGUUAUAUAUAUAUAUUUCUUUUUUUUUACGUUUCUUAGAAACUGAUGUAGAACUGUAAAAUUAGAUCCAAACUGUACACUUGCUUUGGGGGCUAGAGGGGAGACCUUCCAUGUGUCACUUUUCUAAAGUGUUGUCUUUCCAGUGUAGCUUUUUCUUCUUGUUGCAUCCUUUUCUACGCCAGUGCACUCGCUCCUGGGUUGAUGGCGAGUACUGUAUCAGCUCUGUAAGACCUUUGUGCAAGGAAUCUCUGGUAACUGUUCCAUGCUCAAUAUCUGUUACACUUCAAACAAAAUUCUCUGACUGUCCAGUCUGCUAAAAUCCUGCUGUAACAAGUGACUCAAUAAAGCUGCACAGUGCUGUUA